AUGGAAAGUCCACCAAUAAUAACUUUUGUUGUGAAUAUUAUCUUCUACAUUAUAUUGGGUGUACUCGUUAUUCUUUGGCUUUUGUCAAUUGUUUUCCGGCGUUAUAGAGCCUAUCAAUAUUCGGUGAAUAAUAGACAAGCUGUAGUUCCAAGUCCAACAAUCAUCCCAUUCCCGCCGAUUACAACCAACUAUGACUUGCCGCCUGGUCUCGAGACCUCGGUCAUCGAUACCUUUCCUAAGUUCUUCUACUCGGUGAGGCCUGAUCAAGAUAUUGGUGUUAAUUCAGCGACGAUGAAGAUGACGGGUGAAUGUGCAGUGUGUUUAGGUGUGUUCGAGGACGAUGAAACUCUACGCUUGUUACCCAAGUGUGGACAUGUUUUCCAUGCUGAUUGUAUCGAUACUUGGCUACGUAUGCACGCUACGUGUCCUUUUUGUCGGGCUGUUCUGUUGCCGGAAAAUCAUCAGUCCGGUGAGAGGCCUGCUCGGGUUGAAGUCGUGAUCAAUGUCAAUGAUGGUACCGGACGAUGA